AUGAAGUUAGACUCAAGUGUAUACACACAAGUUCAAAGGAUGGUAAGGAUGCCCCAUUUUAAAUAUCUAUUACUAGGCCUGACUUGUUCAGCCAUUGUUCCUACCCUGUAUUCAAAACAUUGCUAUCUUCCACACUACACUUCUAAAGUAUUAGAUAAAGAACGCGAAUUGUUGCCGGAUAAAGAACAAGAUGUAUCCCAACUUACAAAUCAAAAUAACUUCGAAGCAAUGGAUGAAGAGAAUAUUUACAGAUUAAUCUCAUCGAUCAUGUGA